AUGCGUCCCUCGCUUUCCGUUCUUUCAGCCGUGACCCUCUUGGUCCAGGGCCUUCACGCCUACUCCACUAACUACACCAGUCAGAAUCUUGCUUCUGGUACCAUCCAGCUUGGAGAUUGGCAGGAUGCCUAUGACCGCGCGAAAGCGUUCGUUGAUGGGCUCACCACUUCUGAAAAAAUUUCUUUGAUCACUGGCUCCGAUGUCUCCAACUUUACCGCUCUUUACUUCAGAGAUUCCGGUAACUCCAUUCUUCAAUACUACUAUGUUACGUCUUGGCCUCUUUCCUCGGCCCUUGCUAUGACCUGGGACAAGGACCAGAUGUACCAGAUGUACAAGGCUCUGGGCGAUGAAUUUUACGCAAAGGGAAUCAACGUUGCCAACGGGCCUGUUAGCGAACCUCUGGGCCGCUCGCCUUGGGGUGGACGCAACGGCGAGUCUUUUGGUCCCGACUCUUACCUCAACGGUAUCGCCUUUGGUCUUUCCGUGAAAGGCUACGGUGCCGCUGGCGUCAUUUCAGGCGCCAAGCAUUUCCUUUUGAACGAGCAGGAGAACAACCGUACCCAGGAUUCUACUGGUGGCGGUGGCGGCGGUAGCCCUCCCAGCGACGGCGGCAACUUCACCAUGCCUAGCGGUGGUGACAACUCCACUUCAUCCCCUGGCGGUAUGGGCGGUGGCGGUGAUUCUUCGAGCACCGAGACCACCGCAUACUCCUCUCAGGUUGAUGAUAAGACUCUGCACGAGACAUAUAUGUGGCCUUUCUAUGAUGGUGUCAAGGCCGGUCUGGGUGCUGUCAUGUGUUCUCUCAACCGAGUGAACGAGACCUACGCCUGCGAGAACCAGGACCUUAUUGGAGGCAUGCUCAAGACCGAGAUCGGUUUCCCUGGCUUCGUCUUUGGUGACGUGGGUGGUCAGAAGACUGCCUUUGGGUCUGCCAAUGCUGGCAUGGACUACGGCAGUGCAUCGACUUGGAGCAACUCCACCAUCACUACCGGUCUGAACAACGGUUCUCUGACUGAUGCGCGCCUCACCGACAUGGCCGUCCGCAACGUUUUGCCUUCCUACAAGCUCAACCAGCAGGAUGGCACUUACCCUACGACUGCUGGCCUUGAGGACUAUGUCGAUCCGCGUGCUAACCACAGCAAGAUCGCCCGGAACAUCGCUGCUUCCUCACUGGUGCUCCUCAAGAACACCAACAACGCCCUGCCCCUGAACAAGCCUAAGUCCAUGUCCAUCUUCGGUGUCCACGCUGGCGCUCCCAUUGCCGGCCCCAACGACCCCAUCUCUGUCACCGGCUCGGAUGACGUCUACCAAGGCCAUGCUGCCAGCCUGGGUGGUAGCGGCACUAACUCAUUCCCCUACUUGAUCACUCCUCAUUAUGCCCUGACCACUAAGGUCAUCGAGGAUGGCACCAUGUUCAGAUGGAUCAUGAACGACACUGGUUACUCUUCUUCCGGCUCUGGUCUCUCUGGAUAUUCCUCCGGUACCGGUGCGGCACACACCUAUGCAGGUUAUGCCGCUGACACCGAAGUCUGCAUCGUCUUCCUGAACGCCUACUCGGGCGAGGGUGCGGACCGCAGCGAGCUCUACAACACCGACCAAGACGCCAUGGUCACGGACGUCGCCUCCAACUGCAACAACACCAUCGUAGUCAUCAACGCCAUCGCCACCCGCCUCGUCGACAACUGGAUCGAGAACGAGAACGUGACGGCGCUCGUGUACGGCGGCAUGUUGGGCCAGGAGUCCGGCCAGGCCAUCGUCAACGUGCUCUACGGCGACGUCAACCCCUCGGGCAAGCUGACCUACACCAUCGCCAAGAACGAGUCCGACUACAACACCGGCCUCUGCACCGACCUGAUCUGCGACUUCUCCGAGGGCAACUACAUCGACUACAAGUACUUCGACGCGUACAACGUCACCCCGCGCUACGAGUUCGGCUUCGGCCUCUCCUACACCUCCUUCGAGUACGGCGCCGACCUCACCGUCUCCAAGACGAACGAGACCGCCCUCGCGACCAAGUUCGCCCAGGGCCCCCGCGCCGUCGGCGGCCGCGAGGAUCUGUGGGACGUCGUCGCCACGGCCGAGACCGAGGUCACCAACUCUGGAGACCGCGACGGCGCCGAGGUCGUCCAGCUGUACGUCGGCUUCCCCGACGCCGCGGGUCAGCCGCUCAGGCAGCUGCGUGGCUUCGAGAAGGUGCACUUGGCGAAGGGCGAGACGGCCAAGGUCACGUUCGAGCUCAGGAGGAGGGAUCUCAGCUACUGGGAUGUUGAGGCGCAGAACUGGGCGGUUGCGAGCGGCACGUACACCUUCUGGGUUGGUGCCAGCAGCAGGGACUUGAAGAGUUCUGCUGAGGUGACGAUUUAA